CCCUAUUCAGGUAGGUAGUUACCUGGGUUCCAGUGGGAAGUCGUGACCAGUAGGGUGCAGCGGGUCGGGUGUGAGGACAAAUACUCGCCGAAGACAUUGGCUAGCGGUCGCGCUAUGUCGUGAAUUGGCAGAAGUUAGAAUUCAAGGACCAUUGGAUCGGGUGUCAGUGGCUUAAUGGUACACGAGCUCGCCUUGUUAACCGGAAGGUCCUGGGUUCGUAACCCGGUGGGUGCGUACUGAUGAAGAGUCCCAAACUAGGACGGAGGAAACAGCUUUCUAGUACUCCCUGAAGGUUUUCCAAUGGUUCUCUAAUUCAUGUCAGCUCAUGAUGAAAUCCUGAAACCAAUCAAAUCCCUACAAACCAACACUUGAAUAUUUAAUCAGUGUUCAUGCUUUUUUUAAGUCUAGAUUUAGCCUAGAAUGAAACCUGAAUUCAUUUGGAAAAGCAGUCAGGAAAUUGAGUGAGUGAAUAAACGAGAUAUAAUAUAUGAGAUACUGAUGGACUGACUGUGUUCCGACAAAGAACUUUUCACAGAAGUGUAACAGUGCAAGUUGCCACACUCCUUUCCUAAUACCACGCAAAGAGAAAGAAGGGGAGGAAGAAAAGAAAUUCAAAAGAGUAAUUACACGGAGAAACAUGAUGAUUCAAUGGAUCUAGGAGAUUACAAAGAGUGGAUACAUCUGCGCUAUUGAGAACCUUUUAGAACCAUAUCAUUAACAGUCUGAGAUCAUCGAUUCUUAAUUCCAACCAGCCAGUCUGUAUCUGCUUACAUGGAUUUAUAUGAAUCCGAUUUAGACCCAACAGUAGUUGAUGACAAGUCAAAUGAUGAUGAUGAUAAGUCAUUAGAUGAAGCCUAUCAAGAUAUCUCGCAUGUAUGCCUUGGUGGUACUUUCGACCGACUACAUAAUGGACAUAAAAUUUUACUUACUGUUGGCGCUUUACUAGCUAAACAACAACUACUUAUCGGCAUAACAUGUUCUAAAUUACUUUCAAGCAAAUGUCUUAGUCCUUUCAUAUUUUCUUGGGAAAAGCGUAAACUAGCUGUUCAAGCAUUCCUCACUGAUAUUGGAGUACAACUAGAGAAUGUGAAAAUUGUUGAAUUAUCCGAUGAAUUUGGUCCACCAGGAUAUUGUGCAGAAUUCGAUUGUAUUGUAGCUAGCUCUGAAUCUCUUCAUAAUUGUGAGAAGUUGAAUGAAUUACGACAAACUAAGGGUUUUAAACCAUUGAAAAUUGAAAUAAUUGACUUUGUUUGCUCAGAAAGUACGCAGCAUCCUGAUUCUAAAAUCUAUCCUUUUGAUCCAUCGGAUCAUAAGUUGAGUUCUUCAAAAGUUCGAUUCAAUCAACUCGGAGAUUUAUUGAAACCUGUCAGCAGCAACAACAAUCAUCAGAUUACUUCUCCUUUUAGUCCAUACAUGAUUGGAUUAACAGGACCAGCUGGAUCUGGAAAAUCAUCAUUAGCUAAACGACUUGCUAAAUUAAGUGAACAGAUUCAUAUAAUCGAUUGUGAUCGUCUUGGUCAUGAGGCAUAUGUUCCUGGUACGUCUUGUCACCAGGCUCUUUUAUCGCAUUUUGGACGAGAGAAUAUAGCUUCUCAAGAACCACCUUAUCCAAUAGACCGACGAUUACUGGGGAAUUUAGUUUUUUCUGAUCCAUCUAAAUUAAAAGAGUUGAAUUCAAUUGUUUGGCCUGAAAUACUUAAACAAAUACUCGCCAUCACAAAAGAAAUCGAAAAUAACGCUAUGAAACACGGUCAACAUUGUAAACGUCCAGUUAUUAUCCUAGAUGCUGCAGUACUUUUACAAGCUGGUUGGGAUCAAAUCUGCAAUGAGGUAUGGUUAACUAUUCUACCUCAUUCAGAAGCUCAACGUCGAUUAUGCGAACGAAACAAUCUAACGCCUGAGGCUGCAUCAGAACGUCUUAUACGACAAGCUACUGGGAUUGCUGAAAUAACCGGUGGUUAUACAUGGUUUGAAGCAGGUCAGUAUUGUUGUACAAAAAGUCCGCUAGACUAUGCACAUGUAAUUUUAAGCACACAAUGGGAACCAGAAUGUUCACAAUAUCAAGUUGAAAAGGCAUGGAAAAAGUUACAACAAAGACUGCCAGUAACUUCGACUACGCAAUAAGUCACUUUAUUACAAAAUUUCUAUUUUAAUAAUUGGAGAACCAUAGUCAAUGUUUGACCACUAAGCAUAGUUCUUUGAAUAUGAUAAAAACAAACGAACAAACAACCAGUUCCUACUAGUUACUGAAAGGAAGGGGAAUCGAAAUAACCAUUGAUAUUUGAAAAGAAUGACUUUGUUAUCAAUUUAUUUGUAAUUUCAAUGAUUUCUAUUACUAUUCCAUAUUUUCUUUUGAUUGUUUAUAAAUUAUAUGCGAAAAUGUGUUAUGA